AUGGAGUUUGAGUGUAUACCAAUAUCCUGCUUUUCUCAUUUUACGUGGUUGUGUCAAGAUGGGGGAAGACCGAUGGUGUGUGGGGUACUGGAGGCUAGUGUAACUAUCUCCGUUAACAUAACUUCUCUGAUCUUCCACUGCCAGUUCUUGGACCAAGUUAUUGUAGAUCCUCUUCAACUCACGGCGGGCGAUCCACGGUUUUACUCACAGUCGCUUCUUUUUCGUUGUUUAAGCCACUACAAAGGCUGCAAAAACUUUAUGUCUGCUGCAAUGUCAUUGAUUCUAUGUUUGACUGUGUUAUUCGAAAGAAAAAGACCUCAUUUUUUUUCUCUGCAUCUUCUCCAAAAAUUAUCUGCGUGGCUUUUAGGACACAUGGUUUUAUUAAUUCUUCACCGAGAGUAUGAGGUAUAUUUUUGCUAUCAUAAAAGCUAUUUCAAAUGA